CCUCUCUUCUCCCCCGCCCGCCCGCCUGCCAGCCUGCCAGCCUGCUCGCCUGCCUUCGGCUUAGUCCAGCCCAGCCCAGCCCAGCCCUGCCCAGCCCAGCCCCUCUCAGCUCCGUGCAGCUCAGAGACGCGCAGCCCCGCGGAUCCGGACCCAGCGCCUCGCAGCGCAUCCCAACCCAGCCCAGCGCAGCGCAGCCUCCUCCAGCCUAGCACCAUGGCAGAUGCUUUCGUUGGCACCUGGAAGCUGGUUGACAGCAAGAAUUUCGAUGACUACAUGAAGUCCAUUGGUGUUGGCUUUGCCACGAGGCAGGUGGCCAGCAUGACCAAGCCCACCACCAUCAUCGAGGUCAGUGGGGACACCAUCACCAUCAAGACUCAGAGCACUUUCAAGAACACCGAGAUCUCCUUCAAGCUUGGAGUAGAAUUUGACGAAACAACAGCUGACGACAGGAAGGUCAAGUCUACCAUCACACUGGAUGGAGGCAAACUUGUCCAUGUGCAGAAGUGGAAUGGGCAGGAGACCACACUCACUCGGCAUCUCCAGGAUGGAAAACUCAUUCUGACGCUAACCCACGGCAGUGUCGUCUCCGUUAGGACCUAUGAGAAGGAAACAGCUUGAAGCCAGCCCACCUGUUCACUGUCAACUCCUGCUGAUGGCUACCACUGAACUCAACACCAGAUUGCCUCAUUUCUCUCCCUGUCCCUCUCCCUGCCCGUGUUUUAUACCAAUUGACUCUGGUCAAGGAACCCUCCAGAAAUGGAAAACAUGGUGCUGUCCUGGUUCUGGUCAAAGCCCAUUCUGUAUUUUUUUUUUAAACUGCAUCUGACGGCUGGUCCCAAGCCAAUAAAGCAGAUUCCACAGUCAGUCA